GUGGUCAGAGGCGGGCCGGGGGCGGAACUUUUCUCUCACGGCUCCCGCGGACCCCGCCCGGUCCCAUUAGACAGCAGCACCAUUAACGGCAUGGCAGCGACAGGAGUUGUCCCGCGGGCCGUCAGGCGGGUUUUGAAAGGAAGGGCCUGCGCCACUGCGAUUUCACUCCUUGGGCCUCAGAGAUUUCAAAGCACCUCAUUCAAGGCCUCUGAUCUCCAGGUCGAGUUGAGCAGCCAUCGAAAGCCCAAGCCAGACCCUGAGAAGUUGGUCUUUGGCAAACAUUUCACUGAUCACAUGCUCACAGUGGAAUGGGCACAGGACAAUGGCUGGAGCAAGCCUCAUAUCAAGCCCUUCCAAAACAUCUCUCUGCAUCCAGCCACUUCAGCCCUGCACUACUCAGUACAGCUUUUCGAGGGGAUGAAGGCUUUCCGAGGCCCAGACAAGCACAUCCGUCUUUUCCGUCCCACAAUGAACAUGGACCGCAUGUUCUAUUCCGCUCUCCGUUCUUGCCUGCCUCCCUUUGAUAAGGACGAGUUACUCGAAUGCAUCCGGCAGCUCAUCCGCGUGGAGCAAGACUGGGUCCCCCACUCAGACUCCGCCAGCCUCUACAUCCGCCCCACCUUCAUCGGCACCGAGCCUUCCUUGGGGGUGGCCAGGUCAACCCGUGCCUUGUUGUUUGUGAUCCUGGGGCCUGUGGGCCCGUAUUUUGCCACCGGCAGCUUCAACCCUGUCUCUCUCCUGGCAGAUCCCCACUUUGUCCGGGCCUGGAUGGGUGGGGUUGGGGACUGCAAGUUGGGCGGCAACUACGGUCCCACCAUCUACGUGCAGAUUGAGGCCGCCAAAGAGGGUUGCCAGCAAGUCCUGUGGCUUUAUGGAAAUGACCACCAGCUGACAGAAGUGGGGACUAUGAACAUCUUCAUGUUCUGGAAGGACCAGCAGGGAGAACUGGAGCUGGUCACCCCUCCGCUGAACGGGAUCAUCUUGCCCGGCGUGACCCGGCAGAGCCUUCUAGAUCUUGCACGCGAGUGGGGGGAAUUCAAGGUCUCAGAGAAGAUAAUCACCAUGGCUGACUUCAUCAAAGGCCUGGAGGAGAAGAGGGUGAAGGAGGUUUUUGGCUCAGGCACAGCAUGUGUUGUUUGUCCCGUGAACAAGAUCUUAUACCAGGGCAAACCUUAUCAUAUCCCCACGAUGGAAAACGGACCAGAGAUUGCAAAACGGUUUCUGAAGGAGCUGACAGAUAUUCAGUACGGCCGUGUUCCCAGCGACUGGGCUGAGCCCAUCUGACGCAGGCUGAGCAGCCCCCACCAGACGCCUCUUCCUCCCCCACUCCAGCCUGUCUGUCACCCGGGUUUUAUUUAUAAUAAUACUGUCUGCUAUCUCUGCCUCAUCUGCCUUGCAUCUCCUCAGAGUCUGGACCGGUUGGCUGCUUUUUUAAAGAACCGUUUUCUGUCAUGUUACACACGGAGGCCAGUUGUGGUUCUGAAACACUCCGCCUUGGGGAGCUCCAAAGUUUUGAAGGACUUUGAGGUCAGCCUUUAUGCCAGGGAAUGGAAGAUCUGGACUGAGACACUCUCUCCUUUUUGUUCUUCCUUUGGGUUCCAAAUUCAGCCGUUUCCUUCUUUAAAAGUGCAAUAUGGAGAGAGAGCGAGACUUGUUCAUGUGUGUGUGCGUGUGUGCAUUUUAAAGUGUCUGAAAGUCACAAACAUCCCCAUGCCUAGGUUAGCGCAGAAGCAUGUUUAGAUAUUUUCAAUCUAAACAAAAUUUGUUCUUUAAAAUUUCCGUUUGGGUGCCAGAACGCUUGGUGCUAAAAUUUGAACUUCUCUACCUGUUUCCUUAUGCCCGGGGUGCUGAAUUUUGCCACACAGAAUUCAAGGCGGGUUUGCCAAAUUUCUAAUACUGGAUUGUUGGUUUCCAGAAGUCUAAACUUACUGUUUAAAAUUUCAGUUUCAGAACUGUAUCAAUGCUGGCUUAGUUAAUGAAGUGCUGUGUAUGUUACAGGUUCAGAAUGAGUUUGGAGUCCUUUUUGGGGUGGGGGGAAUUUGCCAGCAAUUUUUUUUUACUCCAGAAACUAUUUAAAACCAUUUCUUGCCACCCAUUUCUGAUCUCCCUGCUUGCCUCUGCAAGCAACGCAUUAUGGGAGACUUCUGAGAUGAUGGUCCAGCAAAUCCUUGGAGUAGUGCUUCAAAAGGUUGAUGCGGCUUAUUGGAGAAAGGUGCUACUCUUCCACCAUAGCUGCAGUUCACAUUUCCUGUAACACAGUGUGUUCUGAAGCAAUGCACUAUGGGAGUUUUUGAUACUGUGGAUUCUUUGUAUAGUACAUAUGAAGUUGCCUUAUAUUGAGUCACAUGGUUGGUUCAUCUAGCUCAGUAUUGUCUACUCUGGCUGGUGGUGGUUCUCUGCAGUCUCAGGGAGACAACUUUCUCCCCCCGCCGCCAUCUGUAGCCACAGAUUUUUUAACUAGAGAUGCCAGGGAUUGAAGAGUAGCAACUUUCUCCAAUAACUUUCUCCAUUCUUUACACCACUCUAUAAGAACAUAAGAUGCUCAAUAAGAACAUAAGAAAAGCCCUGCCAGUCCGAGCAUCCUGUUUCACACAGUGGCCAGCCAGUUCCUCUGGAUGGAUAACAGCAGGGCAUAAAGGCCAAGAUUUUCCCCUGGUGCUGCCUUCUGGCUCUGGGAUUCAGAGGCACUAAGCCGGUUCUCUUCAGUCAUCAUGCCUAGUAGCCGUUGAUAGACUUCUCCUCCAUGAAUCUAAUCCCCUUUUAAAGUUGUUUAUUCCUGCGGCCAUCGCUGCAUCUCUGGCAGCAAACCCCACAUUUUAAUCCUUCUCUGUGGAAAGAAGACUUUCCCAUCAGCGUCACUGGGUGACUGAGCCUCAGAAAUUCCUACCCUGAGCAAGAUCCUUGUUGGCUUUCAUAGGCCAGUGAGGGUGCAAGAAAUACAAACUGCUCUUCAUGGGAGGUGCUGGAAUAAACUAGGUUAAAUAUACAUUGUUUUUAUCAGGCCAGGAUUUUAUUUUAAAAACCCUUUGAGUUGGAUCCAGACAGUUUUCUGUCAGGUCAUAAAGGAAAAGGAUGGGGUCCCCUUGGACCACCCAAAAAAGGUUGUGUGAGGGAUCAUGGGACCUGCUUGGGUGGAAGUUAUGCAGGAUGGGGGCUUUAAUAAGGAGGGGAAUUGGGAUGAGAGAGUGAAGAAGCUGGCUGGAUCCAACUGUUUGCAUUGGUGGAGGAUGAGAACGGUGGGCUCCCGUCGACGUCAAAAUUGUACACCCUGAUCCAUCUCCAAUUGUGUGCUAUUUAAAAAAUCAGCAUUUCCACAAACUAGUUGCCAAUGUGGAUUGAUUUUCCCAUUGAAUCAGUGAUGCAGAGUGUGUGGGUGGGGGGAGGCAGCGCCUGUCCUUGGGUGCACCUCUUUCUCACUGGCACUUAAGCAAAUUCAUUCUUUACACCAUGCAUAAGUAACAUGUGGAACUCACCACCAUGGGAUGUAGCAAUGGCUGCUAGUUCAGGCAGUUCCAAAACGGGGCUUAGUCAAAUCCCUGGAGGGUAGUUGUGUCCAUGUUUGUUAGCCAUACUGGUUGAAUGGAGUCUCCCUGCUUAAUGGGACAGAAAUUGCUGGGAGCCAGAGGGUGUAAUAGCCUGAGAAAGUCUUUGGCCUCCGGGUCCCUUCUGGGGCAUGUGGUUGUCCAUGUGGGAAACAGGAUGCUGGGCUCAAUGAACCACUGAUCCAAUCACACAGGCUUGUUCUUACCUGCACAUGCAUCUGAUUUAUAUCUGUGGAUCCUACUUCCAAUGUGUAAUAAACCUACAAAUGCCCGCUUAUAUGUUUGGAUCUCCUCUGCUGGAUUGGGAGUGUUGGUGCUUUUGAUUCAGCCGUCGCCAAGAAGAGCCUCUCUCUUGAGUUCCAAGAAACUCUGUAAAUAAUUGGUGGCCUGAUGUUAGAAGUGCCAACUUUGGGGAGAGGAAAACAUGCCACAAAUGGACACAUCUAAAGUUAGGGUUUGUUUACAAUGGAUGUGUUACAUCUGUUUGCUUUUACCAAGAUCAACUGCCCUUUUGGACUUGUCUUCUGAAAAAAAAAGAUGACAUUUUUUCAUACGUCAAUGAUUUUGGACACUUGCUGAAAACAGAAUUUCAAAAGUUGGCACACUGCAGGAGGAAUGGGCAAUAGCUGUGUCCAAUGUUUGCCUCUUUAAAAUUGACAGUCUUUGAAUCUGGGUUGCUCAAAAUUUUUCAUCGGGCAAGAUUUAAGGGGAGAGAUGUUGAAUGUGAAAUGCAAAUAAUAAGGCCUCCUUCAGUUGUUCUUAGAUGGCCAACGUGUACUUUUUCCUGAACUGAAACUGAAUGGACUUGUCACUCUUAAACCUAAAAUGUGCAAAAAUUACCUGUCCUCCCGUGUAUCUGUCGUGGACUGCCUCUUAAAGAGCAGUGACUCAUUCAGAGAUGCAGUGGGUAGCCUCCUCUGACUGCAAAUAGUUCUGUCGUGUCUCUAUACUGAGAGUGACUUCACAAUCUAAACACAUCCUAUCUGAUGAGGCAACAGAAUUUCCAAUAUGGAAAUGCUUGGCCUACAUUGUGGUUUUGGAUGAAAAGGAGAUCUGCGUAACAAAACUAAUGACCAGCGACCUUGUUCUGUUUUGCCCAUUUGGACUGGCAUGAGAAAUUUACAACCUCUGACUCUUUUGAGGGCCUAGCUACAUUGCUGGCAACUUUGUCUGACUGAUGGAUUUUCAUGUAGUGGGGGACAACUUGAAGGGGAGCAAAACUUCUACAAAAAAUGUUAGGGUAUCUUAAAGGGAAAUCAGAAUAGGUGCAAGACUAUAUUUUCACGUCCAAAACACCUCUGGGCCUGUGUUUCUCAAAUAGCUUCUGGAGCUUUUAGCAAGCCUCUUUUAUAAUCUGAGGGAGGAGGAAUUUACAAGUAAUGAAGAGAAAAAUACCUCUCUGCUCAAAUUGUAUUUGGCUUGUUAAUUAUGAGCUUCCUCUGCAAACAAUUAAAUCUUUUAUUAUUGUUGUA